AUGGAGGGAUACAUAGCCGUUAUCAUCCUAUAUAUCUUUCUCGUGGUUUUCAAGUUUCACACUUGCCCUGGUCUCAGUCGCAUGGGUCGCCUCUUCAAAUUCUCCACGGCCCGACCAUUUGCCCUUCAACCACAGACCGACGAACCCACCACCAUCAUCUCCGAAGCCAAGGGUGCAGCCAAGAGCUCCAAAGGCUUCCGGGUACCCGGCCUCAACAUCCCCGAUGUCGCAAAAAGACAUACACUUGACGGCACGGGCUUGUGCCACGCCGCCAUGAAGAACGUCAAGAUCUUGUCCUCGCGUCCCAAUGCUGUUCGUUUGAAGACCCACGGAAACGGCGCUCUGGUGCCGCAUGACUUCAUGACGGUAGCUCAAUGCUACACCAUGGGGAUCUCAAUCUGCGGUCCCGACGAAAUCGAGGUUCGCCGGUAA